UGCACUGUCGCUAAAAGGUACCUACCUACAGAGUACAGUACCUACGCAUCCGCGGCCGCAGGUGCCAGCCGAGUUUUGUUUUCGACAGUCGCUCCCGCGACCUGGGCCUAAUCAACCUCAAACUCUCAGCUCAGCCCAGAAGUUUCGUCUCUCAUAUCCUUUUCCCAAGCCCAAGCCCUUUCCCCGUCUUUCUUUUAAACCCCCUCCAGGACGUCAGAGAGACACAAGCGACCGACUGACGCCGAGGUUCUUCGGGGAGAGAAGGCAUCGAUUUGCUUGCUUGCUUGCAGUCUGUUUGCUUCGCAUUGUUUUGUUUGUUCGGCCAGAAUCAGGUUUCGCCUAGCUUCUUCCCGACUUCGCAUUGUUCUCCGGGACUACUCUUCCUUUCUCUCAAAGUCGGGGGACCUUUGGAGCGCUUGGGUGUGUGGGUUACAACGGCUUCUCCUUAAGCCUUCAGGUUUGUCGCCUCUAUUGAGAUCUCUCAGGUCCAUGGCUUGAACGACGAUGAGCAUCACCUCCGUUUCCAGCACCGCCAUCCUCCGCCUCUAGAAUGCUAGCCGCUGCAUUCUCUCUCUCGUUUGAGUAGAGCGUCGACUUCCCUCGCAAUGGAAGCUACUAUGCAGACCGUUCCAAGUCUUGUUGGAACCGGCACUGCCAUCGCUGCAGCGGCCAGUGGUUUGGUUUUCGGCCAGCCCACCACUGAACCCAACUCUUUCUCUCACCCGACUCGACGUCCUUCUCAUUCCAGACGAGUCUCGAUAGACCGCGAGCCAAGCAAACAAUCACAAUCGCCUGGCGACUUUGCUUCCACACGGCCCGCUACGAGCAACACCGCUGCCUCUGCUCUCGGCGCCUCGCACUAUCACACACUCCCGCGCCCAACUACUGCCUCGAGACCUCCCCUCUCCCGUUACCAGCGACCGCCUAUGCCACAGACACAGUCGACUCCCCCUCCUCUGGCUAUCAGCAGGAACUCUUCGUUUGUGAGGCAGACCGACUCUCCAGCUAUUAUCCCCGAGUCUAGAGACUCAAUCUCUUCCAAUGGAUCUUGGAUAAGGCGUCUCUCCAUUCGCCCACUGUCUCGUCACGAAAGCACAAGGUCGAGUAUAGGUCCCGACGCGCCUUCCAUCUUUUCCCACGGUUCAGCUGCACCCAUCUUGCGCAAUCCUACAACAGCAACACUCCCCCCAAACAAGCUCGUUAAGCGAUCUACCUCAACCCGCAUCGAUCCAGAUCCUUUACCGCGACGGCGUGCGAAGUCUCACUUACAGAUCCUACCCGUUCUUCGCAGACCUGCUACGAGCCAUCAGAGGUCUGCAACACUACAACAAUUUCGACCCGAUUCUGCGCUGAAUACACCAACCGAUUCGAACAAUUUCUCGUUCGACGACCCAUCACGACCCCACGAGUUCCUCGCCCCAUCCCCGCUUGAGCCCCCCUCCAGAUCGGCAUCUGCAAGGAGCGGAUGGAAGUCGUACUUUCACUCUAAAAGAUUAAGUAUUAUCGGACGCACAGGGUCGGGUAGGUUUGGUGAGUUGAGUCCACAUGGUCGAGCAAUCUCCUCGAGGCGCAUCUGCAUUGAGAACGACGAGCGCAACAGAGUUCAUCUGGUGAAACCAAGAAUGGUUUCAGCGGCAUCUGCCCCUCGAGGUCUAUUGCCAGCUGCACAAAUUCAACCAGACACUUGCACUCAUCAAUCUACUGCGGAAGAAAAAACUCCAUCUCCUGAGGGAACUCCUUCCAGGACGCCCCGCAAGUCGAUCUCAAUGCCAUUUGCAUCUGCAGGAAACUGGGCGGUAAGGACGACGGGGAGCAUCCGGCGCUCUAAGCGCGGUACUGAAUCCGGGAUCGGGAAUAAGCGACAUGUGUCGGAACCACUGACUGGCGCGCAAUCUGGCGCUGAACCUCGAACCAAUCCGCCGCUGGAAUCAACCCUCCCCGCACCAUCACCAUUAUCGGGCCGGCAGGGGUCAUUCCUGGGUUCAGCUGCUGCUGUGCAGUUGAAAGGUCGUAAAAGGAAUUCAUCGUCACCAAUCCCCACGGUUCCAAGACUUGCAAACUUCAAUGUGGAUUCGUCCCGGUUAGGGUCUUCUGCUGGAGUUUCCACUCACCAGGCUCGGCCUAACCAACCCUCCGGAAGUUCUACCAGCUCCACUGCGAUGUCACAACUUAGGGCACCGCAGCACGACAGGACCUCCACCACGGAGAGCUCUGAAGGUGACACCCGGGAUUGCACAUCGGGGGAUGACGAUGACACGGAUUUCAAGAGUGAUACCAUGUUUGACUCGCUGCGCACUGUUGGCUCCGGUCGUGCCCGUGCUGUCGAGACCCCCUUGGAGUCCAUGUAUGACGAGUCACCACCAAGCACCGCCGGCAAUGGUACAAAGACGAAGCGUCUCUCAAUCCACGAGAUCCUUGGCCGGACAUGGGAUGAGGAUGACAAGAUCAUGGAGGAGGACGAGAAUGCACCCACACCUGUCCGCACAGUCAAGCGAUCUGAGGCAUCACCACGCUUCAGGCUUGAGUCGAGAUUUAACUCAUCGCCCUACGAUGUCUUAACCACUACGACCAAGGAGUACAGCAGGCUGUCCUUGGACGACGAAUUUGACGAUGAUUGGGCUAGGGAUGAUGAGUUUCCCUGUAACCCCUUAUCACCUCCCUCCAAAGGGAGCUCACUGAAUUCCAGAGGAAUUAACCCUAAUGUUCGCCUCGCCCUCGCCAAUAUUAGUGGUAAUGGCGUUCCUGAUACGAACGGCCACGAUGCUACUAACGACCGCCCACUUAGCACUCUUUUCGACUGGAGCGAGCCCCCGACACACGACAAAUUUGAUACUGGACGGUGUUUGCGGCCAAAGACUGCUUAUGCUAAGGAGAUGGACUCUAGAGGUGGUCGCUCCGCCAUACGCAAAGGUCCAACCCCAACUCAUGUUCGAAGCCAGAGCGUCCCAGUGGUUCAUGAUGCCCCCGAAGAUUCCAAGACUACCGGAUCCAAGUAUGGCACAUGGGGCAUGGGCACCAAGACAGUCAGCGAGGACUGGGAUGACGAUUUCGAAUUUGGUGCUGGUCCUGUCGGCAGCAAUGACAAGAAUGACAAAAUCUUUGCAGUACCAGAAUCGAUUCGUGCGACACAACCAAGUGUUAAGGCCCAUUCUGGCCAUAUUCGAGAAUUCUCGCUUCUUGUCAAUGAUUUGAAACGUCUGUGCCGUCACGGGCGAGAUAUGGAUAUGCUCGAAGGAUCUCAGAGGCAUCUCUGGAAGGAGGCUGAUGGUAUUAUUGCUCUCGCAUCCCCCGAUGAAGAGUCGUUGGACGAGAACGAUGAUCGAAAGUCAACUUCAUCUAUCAACUUCGAUGCAUUCGAUAUUGACGAAACGUUCGGAGACGAAGGCUUCGAUGCCCAUUCCAUGAAUCGCCUCGAUGCCGCCUUUGAUGGUCACGAACCCGCUAUGUCCAAAACCACUGUCGUUCGAGAACGGCACUCUCCCCGGCGAAGAUCUGUCUUCUCUCCAGAAGACGAUAUUUUCGGUAACUGGCCUUUAAAUGACAACCCCCCUUCCAACAGACCCAGUCGCCCUCGAACUCCUGAGAACAAGUACAACAAGGCUCAUGAUGUAUCGGGGGUCGUUCGUUCUGUCAUUGGGGCUAUGCAACAUCGUGCUCCCGAGCAAGCACCUGACAACGGCAAAGUUCACUUCGACACGAAUAGCCUCAAGGCUCUGGUCAAGAGAGCCGGUGAUUUACGAGAUACACUGUCCGACAUUGUUCGACAGGCUGAUCAGAUUACGCACAGCCCAAUGAGAACACCCAGACAUGAGCGCCAGCAUGACUCGAGCCCUGCCUUUACACGGGUCUUCGACGACCCCGGUUCGAGUCCUCCUAGAAGAGUGGCGCGAAGCCGCGGCAACAAUUCACUUGUGGAAGCCGCAUCAUCCGAAAACUCGCCAUCUUCUGGCCUACCACAACGGAUGCAGAUGAUGACUGUGAACUGACGAGUCUGCGUCUUGGUGCUCUGUUUUACCUGAGCGUGUACAAAACAAUAAUUACAUGGAAUUUUAUUUGCAUAGCGGUGGCCUUUGAGACUCGGGUUUAUUCGCAUACGUUCAAGGCUGGGAACUCGUUUCAUGGACGAUCUGUCUCACGCCCCGACAUGAGCUCUUCCGACCGACUUGAUCCAUCUGGAUUCUUCUCGUCUAUACAUAUACUUUCAAGACGAACAUUUGUCCAUAUCCUCGCUUCUGGUGAGCCCCAAUGCCCACCGAAGCUAGAUUUUGGACCGGAUGGACCCUUGUACGAGGCAGAGCGCACUCGCCAUACUAUGAGCACAGCUCUUAAUGACUCUUUAUAAGUAAUACGGUAGACGGAACACGAAACGUUGCGGCGCCUUUGCCGGUACUCGUUCGCGCGAGUAUAGUUUACGAAGUGUCGGUUUUAUUAACGAAUUUUCUUGCGUUGUCCCUUUGUGUUUAUGAGGAAACGUAAUGUUUCGUUUGUUAUUUUUUCCCUUUCUUUCUGCUGUUCUAUUCUUGCGGCCCUGAGGCACGCUGUAAUGCUUUGAUGAUUACUCAAACGAAGAGGGAAAACAAGCAGAGGUGGUUGCAAAACAACCUUCUUACUCGAGAGAAUUCACGUCCCUUCGCUCGAGACAACAGACAGAACAAUUGCUGCCUACAGAAGCUGCCUUUGAAAGGAGGAAAUACCAAGCUGGACAUACACGGAUUAACAGCUAUGAGGAAGACAAAAAGAAGAGAAUCACGCAGGGGGACGCGGGACAUGGGGCUGUUUGGGAUACAUACAGGUUCGGACAGGAAAAGAGCAUAUGGAGAAAAGGAGAGAUGAUUGAGUAAAGGCUACGUAUAGCUGCUUUAUUUUUUAUUUUUGAUGGCUUUGGAGAUGUUGCAUCGAGGGCGGCGUAUAGUUUUCCAGCCCCAGCCUGCUGUUAUGAUGCAUGCAUGCAUGGAUAGAGAGGUUAUAACGGACAUGACGAUUUACUGCCUAUACUCUUGUAGUCUCAAGUUUGGUGAUCCUUAGUCCAUGUGAUGUCUUGUGUGUGUCAAUGUUGGAAUUGUCAGUCGGUGGGUGGCUCAGAAGAAACACGUUGCAGAACCAUGCCACAGGUGAUAAUGCAAGUCGUCGCGAGGGCAUUUCCCUUUAUAUCAGCCUAAACACAAAUUUAUUCUUUUGAGGAACCAUAAUGGC